AACUCGACUCAUAGAUAUAUAUUUUAAUGACUUGAAAAUUUAAUAAUUUCCAAAUAAAAAUUGCAAAGAAAAUAAAUGGUUUUGGGCUGUGACAAUUCCUGAGAUAUACACUAGCAUUCGUGUAUCCUGAGAUAUACACUAGCAUUCGUCAAAGUGGUGCGCCUAUUAUCAUUAAUGAGAUAAGGCCACAUUUCACAAGAGUGUUGGUGAAUGGUAAAGCUGAAUUUAGAGCUAUUGGUGUGGAAGAUAACAAAUAUUACACUGGAGCGGCCAAUCAUGAAAAGUCGAUUGUCAUUUUGCCAACGCGACAGCAGCAUCUAUCCAGUGACUUCAGCUCAGCUCAGCCCACACGUUUCAACUCAUCUCAACCAUCGUGGUUCAGUUCACCUCAGGGGCGCCUUUGAUCAAAUUGUGCAACCACUCUAUGACGAGUACUUGAAUCGUACUCAUAACGAACGUCAUAUUCCAUUAUUUCGGGUGGAACUCCAGGUGCAGCUGGUUCUACUUCAACAGGCUCCUCUGCAACGGGAUCCUCCUGAGGAUUACUAGUUGAACCUUGGUGGGAUUUAUCUUUUCUCCUACGCCUACCCAUUUGCGAGUAACUAGCUAGUAACGAGGGAGCAGUUUGAAGUUUUUGUUUCUUUACUGUAUCGGAAGGAAUGUGCUGUAUAUGUGAGAACAAAUAUAGACAAUGAGGUUAAUUACAUGGUGUUGAAUGCAGGGAUGUAUA